AUGUCACUUCUAAAUGCCAGCAGCCUGACUCCAGCUUCAUUUUUCCUCAAUGGCAUCCCUGGUCUGGAAGAGGCACAUUUGUGGAUCUCCUUCCCACUGUUUACCAUGUACAGCAUCGCUCUUACAGGGAACUUUGGACUCAUAUAUCUUAUCUACUCUGAAGAGGUCUUACACAGACCUAUGUACAUCUUCCUAGCCCUUCUUUCCUUCACAGAUGUGCUCAUGUGCACCAGCACUCUUCCCAACACUCUCUGCAUAUUAUGGUUCAAUCUCAAGGAGAUUGACUUUAAGGCCUGCCUGGCCCAGAUGUUCUUUGUGCACACUUUUACAGGGAUGGAGUCCGGGGUGCUGAUGCUCAUGGCCCUAGACCGAUAUGUGGCCAUCUGUUACCCACUGCGCUAUGCCACUAUCCUCACUAAUGUGGUCAUUGCCAAGGCAGGGAUGCUCACUUUCCUUAGGGGUGUGAUUCUUGUCAUCCCCUUCACAUUCCUCACCAAGCGCCUGCCAUACUGCAAGGGUAAUGUCAUCCCCCACACCUACUGUGACCACAUGUCUGUCGCUAAAAUAUCCUGUGGCAAUGUUCAGAUCAAUGCCGUCUACGGGCUAAUGGUUGCCCUCCUGAUUGGAGGCUUUGACAUCCUAUGCAUCACCGUCUCCUACACCAUGAUCCUACGGGCAGUUGUGAGUCUGUCAUCAGCAGAUGCUCGACAGAAGGCCUUCAGCACCUGCACUGCUCACAUCUGUGCCAUUGUCAUUACCUACGUCCCAGCCUUCUUCACCUUCUUUACACACCGCUUUGGGCGACAUACCAUCCCUCCCCAUAUACACAUCAUUAUGGCUAAUCUCUAUCUUCUCAUGCCUCCCACCAUGAACCCUAUUGUGUAUGGAGUGAAAACCAAGCAGAUACGAGAGAGUGUCAUUAGGUUCUUGUUUAAAGGGAAAGAAAAGUCUUCUCACGAAAUUUAA